AUGUCCUCAGCGCAAGAUCCAUCCAUCAUCCAGUACGUUCCGUCUCCAGGCUUGGGGUACGAGCUCGGCAUCAUGUUUGGCUUCAUCGCUCUUAUGAUCAUUUGUCAAUACGCUUUCCACCUGUGGUUCAAAGCGCACAUGCGCAAAGAAGAACGACUGGAGCGGGAGAAGGUUGCAGAGUUGAAGGCGAAAGGCUACUUAGCUCACGAUCAGAGGAUCGAACUAGGAGGAAGCACAGCCUAG